AACAUGCUUGCAGCUGUGUUAAAAGGCAUUAUGAAGGAACAAGUGCACUAUGGGACUCAACACUCAACUUGGAGGUAGGAUGAAUCCAGGUGGGUUUUAUACCCUCUUUGACCACCCCCACUUAUACUAUUGGCUCAUGGACCAACCUCACGGUUGAAACUCUGGUUUUUCUAGUCCCCUCCUUUGCUUUUUCUCUUCAGAUUGGACGCAAGCAGAGACGGAGGGAGGCGCCAGGCGGUCCUCCCCCGCUUUAAAAUCCAGGUGAGCACUGGAGGUAACUUCACUGCUCACUUGUGCAGCCUCCCAAGUCUUUCAGCAUCCUUACGUCACGCCUCAGAAUGUCCAAAGGCAGAGAUUACAGCAGCCAGUCGUACACUCCCGGCAGCGCCACGUCGGCCAAGAGCUACCCGACCAACAAAGUGGACUCGGCAGGGAAGUCUAGGGAGAGGGACGACAUGGUGGGACUCAAUGACAAGUUUGUGAGGCUCAUUGAAAAGGUGAAACACCAGGAAGAUGAGAACAGAAAGUUGGAUGCCAAGCUGAAGAUCCUCAGGGAACAAGAGGCCUAUCAGGGCAGGGUUGAGGGCGUGGUCAAGCAGUUGGAGGAGGAGCUAAAGCAGCAGAUUGACAAGCUCCUCAAUGACCGAGCCAAGCUUGAGGAUGAGCUGCAUCGCAACCAGGACGGGUCGGAGAACACCAAGGAGAGGUAUGAGGAGGAGUUGCUGAAGAAAGCAGACCUGGAGAACGACUUCAUUAUCACCAAAAAGGAUGCAGAUGAAGGACACUUGGAAGCUGUCCAUCUGGCUCUGGAUUUGGAGGAUCUGAUUGGCCAGUUGGAGUUCCUGAGGGUCGGCCAUGACGAGGAGAUUAAAGAGCUGGAAUCUCAAAUCCACAACGAGACGGUGAUUUUACGAGAGAACAGCAAGCGGUUGUUGGACAUGGACGAGAUUGUAGAGGGCGUCAAGAGUCAGUACGCCAACAUGGCCGCCCGCACCAGGGACGAGGCGGAGCACUGGAACCGGAAAAAGAUGGACGUCAUGGUUCUAAAAGCCGGACAACGUGAACAGGAAGUCAGGGAAGUAAGGAGGGAGAUCUCAGACGUGGUGCGCUUCAUCCAGAGGCUUAACGGCGAGCUGGAUGCUCUAAAGAGGAAGGAGGAGUCCCUGAAGAAGGACAUCAGCGACGCGACCGUGGAAGGCGACGCGAGCUUGGAGAGGGCCCGCGGCGACAUCGCUCAGCUGGAGGAGGCCUUGAGGAGAGCCAAGCACGACAUGGCGGGUCAGAUCCGCGAACACCAAGAACUGAUGAACCUCAAGCUGGCGUUGGAUAUGGAGAUCGUCACGUAUCGUAAGCUGCUGGAGGGCGAGGAGAUGAGGAUGAACGAGCUCAUGCGUCACUCAGAUUUCUAAAAAUAAGCCACCCACCAAUCCACGUCCUUACUCGCACGCAGACGUUCACCAGCAGCAGCUGCCACCUGAGAAGCCCAAAACAAGCCCGGACCUCACAUCCAAAGUCCUCCGCCCAGCAAGUCCCCAAGGCAGGGGACAACGUAUGGUCAUCAAGGUGCAAGUGGAGGCAGGGAGGGUUGUGUCGGAAAAAUUCCUCUUGUACACGUGA